AUGCGUGUCUUGAUCAUCACUACUUUCUUUACGAUUCUCUCGACUCUCUUUGUCUCUGUUCGGCUCUGGACGCGAAUUAAGCUUGUCAGAAGUCCUGGAAAGGACGACAUACUCAUCUUCGCUGCUUUGAUAUCCUCUCUCGCAUUCUAUGGAUUCUUGCUUGCCGAAAGACACUAUGGCCUUGGGGUCCCCAAACCGCAAUUAUCAAACGAUGUAGUCAUGCACCAACUGCAUUACCUUUGGCUCUCUGUUCCAUUCUACAACCUCACCCUAAUUCUCUCCAAGCUCUCCGCUCUUUUUCUCUUCAUCCGCAUCUUCCGUGCCCGAGCCUUCCUCCUCGCCACAUACAUCACAAUGGGAUUCCUCAUCAUUGCCGGAACCUGGAUGGUAGUAAGCGGCUUCGUCUUCUGCAUACCCAUCCAUGACUUCUGGCGACCUUCAUCGGCAGCAGUAAAACACUGUCUACCCCGCGGUCCAAUCUGGUACUCCAAUGCGGCAAUGCAGAUUCUAAGUGACGUUGUCAUCCUGGUUCUCCCCAUGCCAGCCCUAUACAAACUCCAAUUACCGCGACAUCAGAAAAUUGGCAUCAUGGUGGUUUUCGGCGUUGGAAUCUUUGUAAUCGCAACAAGUUCCGCCCGCCUCUACGAACUAAGCACAAUGCUCAACGGCCGUGACUUCACCAAAACAAACGCCGAAGCAGCCGUCUGGUCCUCCCUCGAAGCCAACGUCUCCAUAAUCUGCGCCUGCAUGCCCCCCCUCCACCCCUUCAUCUCCAACGUCUUCUCCUACUGCUUCCGCCCCCAGCCCCUCCACUCGACCCCCUGGCCAAAGACGCAAUCAAACGCAACAUGUCUUACUGACUCGCGUAUGCCCUCCAUCUACGACCAUGGCCACGGCCAUGCCGGAGACGGGGGCGGCGGCGUGUUCUCGAAUGAUUUCUUCUAUGCGGGGCCCGGCGGGUACUCGGCUAGUAUAUCAAAAAUUGGCGACAAUGACGAGAAGGAUCGCAAGUCGGCGGAGAAUGAGGAUGGGAUCAGAGUUGUCAGGGAGUUGAGGAUGGUUUCGGAUUCAGUUAUGCCGAGUCCGCGGCUUUUGGCGAGCGAUUAUGCGGAGAGGGAUGUUGAGAUGGGGGAGAUUUCUGGGUCUGGAUCUGGAUCGGGGACUGGUAAUGCUGAUGCUAAUGUUGGGGAACGAGGCACUUGGAAUCCGAGUAUCGAGUGGGAUCUUGGAGAUUAUGAGUUCCCAGAUUACAGGGAGCGCAUGAAUGCUCCUGUUUAG